AUGAACAAGCUCAUAACCCUCCUCAUGAUCUCUCUCGUCCUUCUCAGCCUCAGCACUGGCUUUCCCUCAAUAGUCAACAAUGAGGCGAUCGCAGCUCGAUCGAAACGUUGCAUGUGUAAGGAGACUGGAACCUUCUGCUCCUCUCGCAAAGGCAAAACCAACGGAAACUGCCCCGACAAUACCUUACUUUCUUGUGAGCAUGGGGAAAAGGCAACAGUGUACUGGUCUUGUACAAAUCCUUUCAAUUCAACGGAUAGUGUUUGUGUAGAAGGAGCGGAUCCGAGUGGGAAAGACGACGAGUGUGCUCCGAUCAUAUUGAAUGUGGGGUAGUGCCGGCUGGAGAAAAGGAUAAUUGAAGUGAUGGUGUGCUGUACAGAGAAU